AAAAGCUUGGGGUGACAGGUGUUUGUAAAGUGGUUUUAAUGGUUGGUGUAUUUGGUUGCUUGAAUGAAGUAUGGCUAUAAAGCAGCUUUUUGUGGUUUUUUUAAGCCUGUCUUUGCCUUGUUUGGUCCUGCCGGGGGGGUCGUCUUGUGCGGCUGCAUCCAGAGCCUCCCGCUACAAGCAUGGGCAGUAUGGUGUUCCCUUUGGGGCUCUCCAGGGUGGGGCCCAGCCCCCUAGACCCCUGCCUCUUCAAAGCAACUACCCUCCAGUUGACACCACCUUCCCUGGCUUCAUGCCUGGUUAUCAUUAUGGCCCCGACAUUCUCCGUGCUGCCCCCAGGCGCCAGGGUACUUUCUUGGGGGACCUGAUUCAACAUGCACCGGCACUGACGAGACCUCAGUCUGGCUACCCUGUCUUAGGUCCUGCUGUUGGUCCCGUCCCCUACAACCCGGACCUCGAGCUUGUGACGUUCCAGCUGCCCCACUGGUUUGUUCCAGGUGAGGUGGGACCUGGUCAUCUGGCCUCCAGAAGCUAUGGGCCCCUGCUGGAGCAGCAUGAAGACCUCGACUACCACCCGCUGUUCUAUAGGAAUGGCUUCGUCACAGCUGGACAAAUGGCUGGCAUGCGUGACCCUUACGUCCCUAGGGACGUUGUCCCUGGGGCCUUGGUGUUUGAGUCUGGCAGGUUUCCUCUUUCCCAUAUCAGUGGCCCUGGAGAGCUCAAACCUGCCCCUGUCUCCUUUGGGCAGAGCCACAUGACCAAUAGUCAAGGAGCCCAAGGUAGAGCUGCCCUUAGGAGUGACAGGAGUAGCCAUCCAUUCCCUACCCUGCCAUUUCCUCCCAGCUAUGGUGGUGCUCCGCGUGCAUCUGUGCAGGUCUGAGUCGUCGCCGCCCCCGGUUAGCUUGUGAAUGGACUGCUCUCCAGUUGAAGGUAAUGCCACUUUGUGGGACCAUAAGCGAAAUACUGCUUGCCAAAUCAAACCAUUUAAUUCACAGAUCAAGAUGGCGACUUACGGCUCAGUGGUAGUCAGCAAAUUAAUUGCAUCUUCUACAUCUUGCCAGAGUUGUUAUGAUAUUAGUGCUGCAGGGGGCAUCCAGCCUGGUCUUGGAUUCUUCUGUCCCUCAAAAGCUGUCCUUCCAUCUCUACCAUCAAAUGUCAUGCCUCUUCAAUAAAUUGAUUCCUAGUUUCUGUCCUU